GAAAGGAAGGGGUUAACACUAAAGUGUGUUGUGUGGGUGUGUGGCAUACAGAGAAACUUCUACUUUCCAGAAUCUUAAAGAUGAUGAUAAAUGGAAAAAUGAUAACAUAGAAAUGCACGAUAAGGAUUUGAGGUGGGGUUUUUAAGAGAACGCCAUUGAUGCUGAAAUGAAGUUCCUUUAGUGUUGUUUGGGGUGUUCCAAUGCAUUAUCACAGAUCUGCCAUGAGAACCCACCAUAAGAAGAUUGUGUUAUUGCUUGUUUUCUCUCUUGUUGCUGUGGUUUUUGGCGCCACUGACCCGGGUGACCGUGAUGUUCUGCUCAAGUUCAGAGAUGGGAUGGAGAAUCCGGAGCUCUUGAACUGGCCUAAAAAUGGUGAUGACCCAUGUGGCCCUCCUAGCUGGGACUAUGUCUACUGCUCUGGUUCAAGGGUUACUGAGAUUCAGGUUAAGGAAAUCGGGUUGAAGGGUACUCUGCCUCAGGACUUGAACAAGCUCUCCAUGCUUCAAAACGUUGGCCUCCAAAAAAACAAUCUCACAGGGCCGUUGCCGUCCUUUGGUGGGUUAUCGAAUUUGCAGUACAUUUACUUGGAUUUCAACAAUUUUACUUCGAUUCCAGAUGAUUUCUUUGAUGGUCUUGUGAAUUUGCUAGAAUCGGCUUUGGAUUACAACAAUUUGAAUGCCAGUACCGGGUGGUCUUUACCCAAGUCCCUGAAUGAUUCUGCUCAAUUGAUCCGGUUUUCUUGCUGCACUUGCAAUUUGGUUGGUCCUUUGCCAGAUAAUCUUGGUUCUAUGUCUUCUUUGACAUACUUGUUGCUUGCUGGCAAUAGAUUAUCUGGUGAAAUUCCGAGGAGUUACAGAGGCAUGGCUCUGGAGAGGCUUUGGUUAAAUAAUCAACUUGGUGGCGGGAUGACAGGACCUAUUGAUGUGGUGGCAACAAUGGAGUCGCUUAAACUUCUAUGGCUGCACGGGAAUCAGUUCACCGGGCCAAUCCCGGAAAAUAUUGGUAACUUAACUCUCUUGAAGGAACUUAAUCUUAAUGGUAAUCAACUUGUUGGCUUGAUUCCUGAUAGUUUAGCAAAUAUGGAGUUAGAGAAGUUAGAUUUGAACAACAAUCUGUUAAUGGGUCCGAUCCCUAAGUUUAAAACAACAAAUGUGACUUUUGAUUCAAAUGCAUUCUGUCAAUCCACAGAGGGGCUUUCUUGUGCGCCUGAGGUUAUGGCACUCAUAGAGUUUCUUGGUGGGGUGAAUUACCCUACAAGACUUGUUCAUUCAUGGUCCGGUAAUGAUCCUUGUAAAGGGUGGUUCGGAAUAGGUUGCAAUCCUAGCCAUCAGGUUUCUGUCAUAACCUUGCCUCAUUACAAUCUCUCUGGUACCUUGAGUCCUUCAGUUGCAAAGUUGGAGUCCCUUUCUCAAAUUAUGCUUCAGUUUAAUGAUUUAAGUGGUCAAAUUCCAGAAAACUGGACCAGCUUGAAGUCUCUGAAAACUUUGAAUCUUAGUGACAACAACAUAACUGGUCCAGUGCCAAAAUUUCCAAGCACUGUUGAUCUCAUCACAGUUGGGAAUCCUUUGAAUAAUCAGCCUGAGAUAAAACCCUCCCCUGGAAACAGCCCACCGUCUGAGGUUUCCAGAUCUCCACCUAACAAAGACUCAGGAUCGAGUAAAGGUGCUCCUCCUGUGGAACCAACCAAUGGAAAAGGUUUGAAAAGAAGCAAUUUAGUCAUAAUUGUUGCCCCUAUUGCAAGUUUUGCAGUUCUUGCUGUUCUUGUCAUUCCUCUCUCAAUCUACUGCUAUAAGAAAAGAAAGGAGAGUAGCCUGGCGCCAAGUUCCCUUGUAAUUCACCCAAGAGAUCCAUCUGGUCCAGAUAACAUGGUUAAGAUUGUUGUAGCCAAUAACACCAAUGGAAGCACUUCCACACUAACAGGGAGUGGUUCUGCAAGUAGAAACGGUAGCAGCAUUGGUGGUGAAUCUCAUGUAAUUGAAUCUGGAAACCUGGUCAUAUCAGUUCAAGUGCUUCGGAAUGUGACAAAGAAUUUUGCUUUAGAGAAUGAGCUUGGCCGUGGUGGCUUUGGUGUAGUCUACAAGGGAGAACUGGAUGAUGGAACAAAAAUAGCAGUUAAAAGAAUGGAGGCUGGUGUGAUCAGUAGCAAAGCCUUGGAUGAAUUCCAGGCUGAGAUUGCAGUUCUUUCAAAGGUUCGGCACCGUCAUUUGGUAUCUCUCUUGGGUUAUUCCAUUGAAGGCCAUGAGAGAAUUCUUGUUUAUGAAUAUAUGCCUCAGGGAGCUCUUAGUAAGCAUCUUUUCCAUUGGAAGAGCUUAAAAUUGGAACCUCUAUCAUGGAAGAGGAGGCUAAAUAUUGCCUUGGAUGUAGCUAGAGGAAUGGAGUACCUUCACAACCUGGCUCACCAGAGCUUCAUACAUAGGGAUCUUAAAUCAUCAAAUAUUUUACUUGGUGAUGAUUUCAGAGCUAAAGUUUCUGAUUUUGGAUUGGUCAAACUUGCUCCUGAUGGGGAGAAAUCUGUUGUGACCAGGCUUGCUGGGACAUUUGGAUACUUAGCCCCUGAAUAUGCAGUGACAGGAAAAAUCACAACCAAAGCUGAUGUUUUUAGUUUUGGGGUUGUGUUAAUGGAACUUUUGACUGGAUUGAUGGCACUUGAUGAGGACAGGCCUGAGGAAAGCCAGUACUUGGCUGCGUGGUUCUGGCAUGUCAAGACAGAUAAGGAGAAAUUGCGGGCUGCUAUCGACCCAGUUCUUGAUGUGAAAGAUGAAACGUUCGAGAGUAUCUGCAUUAUGGCUGAACUAGCCGGACACUGCACUGCAAGGGAGCCAAGCCAACGACCAGAUAUGGGCCAUGCCGUGAAUGUACUGGCUCCACUAGUUGAAAAAUGGAAGCCAGUGGAUGAUGACACUGAGGAUUACUGUGGCAUUGAUUACAGCCUCCCACUGAACCAGAUGGUGAAGGGUUGGCAGGAAGCAGAAGGGAAGGAUGCAAGUUACAUGGACCUGGGAGACAGCAAAAGCAGCAUCCCACCUAGACCAGCUGGGUUUGCUGAGUCAUUCACCUCUGCUGAUGGUCGGUAAAAAGAGGUACCAUUUUGUAUUUCAUUGAUACAUUGUUCAUUUGAUACUUGUAGAUAAGAUAGUAUGUUGUGUUCUUUCCUGUUGAAAACACAUUAUAAUAUGUUUUGAUGCCUGUGCCUUUGUGAUGGAUUUUCUAUUGUGAGAUUUCUCUUGUUAGUGGUGAUGUAGAUUAAGAGACAAUGAUGACUGAUAAUUGUUUGCUAGUCUUCUGUGAUUCUUUUCCCAUUUUACUUUUCUUGCAAGCAUCGAUAUCUGCUCUAUAAAAUUGUGUCUUUUCU